GACUGUGUAUUUCUAAAACUAUAGAAAAUAAAAUAAGACUCAAAUAAUCUUUAUUUUAAAUCCAGACUUUUGUAGGGCGGAGCGAAUGGCGCUACUUCUCGCAGCACAACCUCUUCCGGUCCUCUUUCCAGCUUCCCGUGCAUCAUGACCAAGAAGAGGAGGAAUAACGGUCGUGCCAAGAAGGGCCGUGGGCAUGUGCAGCCCAUCCGCUGCACCAACUGUGCCCGUUGUGUCCCCAAGGACAAGGCCAUCAAGAAGUUUGUCAUCAGGAACAUUGUGGAGGCAGCAGCUGUGAGAGACAUCUCAGAGGCCAGUGUCUUUGACUCAUAUGUUCUGCCCAAGCUCUAUGUGAAGCUGCACUACUGUGUGAGCUGUGCCAUCCACAGCAAGGUGGUGAGGAACCGUUCCUGUGAGGCCAGGAAAGACCGUACCCCACCACCCAGAUUCAGGCCCGCUGCUGGUGCACCAAGAGCUCCUCCAAAGCCCAUGUAAAGCAAAAUUUGAAGAUGCUGUACAUCUGAAAAAUAAAUUUGAAAAUCUUUACAACA